AUGGCGGGGCCAAGCAAAGACACCUGGAAGAAAACUCGAGGCGGUGCUGCUGCUGUGAUGAAAACCAUGACAGCCAGGCAAAUGGAAGCCUUCAAUCUUUUUUCGGGUGGUCUUGCAGGAACGGUAGCAUCCACAAUCACCAAUCCACUGGAGGUCAUCAAAACCCAGUUGCAAUCGUCCAAUGUCGCAGAUGGAGGCUUGUUUGGGACCCGAAGCCCGGUGGGCCUUGCCAAAAAGAUUAUGGAAAAGGACGGUUUUGCAGGGUUUUUCAGAGGACUUCCACCCACUCUGGUAGGAAUUAUUCCAUCCCGCUCAGCCUACUUUUAUUCCUAUCAACGUUGCAAAGUUGCAAUGGGGCGCUAUGCGGAAGAGGGAUCUGUCCCUAAUGCGUUGGUUUCGGGGUUGGUGGCAGGAAUAGUUGGGAAUACCUUGACGAAUCCAAUCUGGAUGGUUCGAACACGAAUGCAAAUAAUGGCUGAUCAAUCUGCCGGUCAAGUUGUGUAUGCUGGAUAUCGAGACGCAAUUUCCACCAUCUUCCGAGAAGAAGGAAUUGGAGGAUUUUACAAGGGCAUUACUGCCAGCUACUGGGGCUGCACAGAAGGAGCGAUGCAAUUUAUACUCUAUGAACAAUUCAAAUCUCGCCUCAUCAAACAGAAAAACAAGCAGCGUGCUGCCGAGGGGCUUCCCCCAACCGAUCAGCUUUCCAAAGCCACCUACUUUGUAUCAGCUGCAGCUGCCAAAAUGGCUGCCGCAAUAGUGACAUAUCCUCAUGAAGUGGCCAGAACUCGACUGCGCGAACAGUCCCGUGGUGGCAUGUUCAAGUACAGUGGGAUGUGGCAGACGCUUGGGCUCAUUGCCAAGGAAGAGGGAAGACAAGGCCUGUACGCUGGAAUGGGGGUACACUUGAUGAAGGUUGUCCCAAAUUCAGCUCUCAUGUUUCUGACCUACGAAGUUGUGCGAGGAUGGCUGGGGGAAUUCACCAUUGUGGAAUGA